AUGCCUCUCAUUAAUGAAUCCCACGACUCUUUACCUUACGUCGACGCUGAGCCAUCGGCCGCCGCGUAUCAAAGAGCCCAGCAGCUCAUCAACGCCGAAGUAUCCUCAGAACACACCUCAACUACCCACCCCUCAAUCCCACCAGCUCCUGAAUCGAAAUUCUCCCCUCUCAUUCAACAAGAACUUGAGCGCAAAGCGACCGGCGCGCCUCUCACAGGUGGAAUCGACCUGACCCGCUACGAAGCACCCGAGCCCCCAGUUCGCGCCGCAGCCGGUGAAAGCCCCAAGCUAGAUGAAUGGCGCCAAGCGCUGCAAAGCGCGUACAAAUCAAGUUCGCAUCUUUCUAAGCGCCACGAGAAUUUGACUUUGCUCGAUGAGAAUGGCAAGAACGCGUGGUUGAUCGGCAACUCGCAGCUCGAAUAUAUUCUUGGCGGUCUUGAAAAGGAGCUUGCUGAGACGAAGGAGAGCUCGGAGGAGGUGAAUAAGCAGCGGAAACUUGCUCAAGAGGCUAGGUACGGAGAGCUGUCAAGCCUGGAGGAGACUUGGAAGCGGGGCGUUGGAGCUAUUCUCGAUGUGGAGUUGGCGUCUGAAGGCAUUCGGCAGCAGAUUUUGGAGCAUCGGAGACAGGCCGCGCAGCAGCAGUCGCGCUAA